AUGCAAGCCUACGGUCGUUAUGAUUUUAAUGCAACGGCCAAUGAUGAACUUAGUUUUCAAAAAGGAGCUGUACUCAAAGUACUCAAUAUGGAAGAAGAUAUGAAUUGGUAUAAAGCUGAAUUAAAAGGACAAGAAGGUUAUGUACCAAAGACUUAUAUUGAAAUGGCUCCUCAUUUUUGGUUUCAUGGUAGUUUAACGCGUGCUGAAGCCGAAAAAAUUCUUCUUCAAAAAGAUUCAAAUACUCAACGAUAUCAACAACCUGAUGGUGCAUUUCUUGUGCGUAUGUGUGAAUCAUCACCUGGUGAUUUUUCACUUUCAGUCAAAUGUCAAGAUCAGGUUCAACAUUUUAAAGUGUUACGUGAUGGUAUGGGUAAAUAUUUUCUAUGGGUUGUUAAAUUUGAUUCUAUUAAUGAAUUAAUUGAUUAUCAUCGUACAACUUCAGUUAAUCGUGGACAAAAUUUAUUACUCAAAGAUAUGGCUUCAGAACAAACAUCAUCAUAUAAUCAUAAGAAUACUCAAAGAACAAUACAAAAUUUUCAAUCACAACCAUCAGUUCCUUCAGCACCAUCAGUUGAUGAUCAAACAUAUGUAGCUGCAUAUGAUUUUCAACCACAAGAAGAAGGUGAAAUCGAAUUGAGACGUGGUGAUCGUAUUCGAAUGUUAGAUCAAAGUGAUGCGAAUUGGUGGAAAGGCGAAGUUCGUGGUAAUGUUGGUCUUUUUCCUGCAACUUAUGUUCGACCUUUGUAA